AUCUGACCGACUCGCCAAGUUAUCCUUCACUUCUACCCCUCGUCGUUGUUUAUUCGCAAAGCGAAAUUAAAAAAAAAAAAAAAAAAAAUGGCUCCAGCGAAGAAGGGGAAAGCCAAGGCAGAGAAGGCAGAGCCAACUCAGUCCUCCAAAAACAACUCCAAAUUCCCAUCGUCCAUCCGCUUGGUUCCUCCCUCGUCUGUUGCCAUCACCAUACACGCCAAGCCCGGCGCCAAAUCUUCCUCCAUCACCGAUUUCGGCGAGGACGCCGUAGGGGUCCAGAUAGACGCACCUGCCAAAGACGGUGAAGCUAACGCGGCUCUUCUUGAUUAUAUUAGCUCGGUUUUGGGGGUCAAACGAAGGCAGGUUUCAAUAGGUUCUGGCUCUAAAUCACGAGAUAAGGUGGUAAUUGUUGAGGAGAUAACUCUACAGAGUGUAUUCGAUGCUUUGAACAAAGCAUCCAAGUGCUAGCAACGGAGAGACACAGUGUCAAGUGCAAAUUAUUGUAAGAUUCAAGCAAUUGAUGAUACUUUUUGUUUCCUUCAUUUAACAUGAAGCUAACAAAACGAAGGAAAAUCCUGGCAAACAAUAGGGGCACUUAAAAGUGGGGCAUUUUGUCACAUUUCACUUGUAAAACAGUUUUGAUGAAUGAUUGUAAUUAAGAAGACUUGGAUAACCAGAGCUACUCUUGUCUAUGGAAUUGUUGUUCAUGGUAACAACCUUGAGGAGUCCAACUAGUUUCAUGCAUCGAAUUAGGACAGAGAUAAAUGUUGUACUUUCUAAUAAUAGAAAAUGAAAAGAAGUUAUCUACUCUUUAUUUGAACUUGAGGCUAAGGUUCUCAUAAAUUUUAU